CACUGACUUCGCUACGGUAUGGUUGUCAUUUCGUCCGUCUAUCAAAUAACGUGAUAGAUGAAUGGAAAAUAAUUAACAUUACCGCAGCGAAGACACCGAACGAAUCUUUUCGAUACGUAACGCCGCGAGUGCUACGGCUAACAAGUGAUCGCAAACGGUGCACACUCCGCGACAACACCGCCAUGAUCGAUGUAAGAAACAAAGAUGGCGGAAUAAUACGGUGAUCAUAACCAAAUUGUUUAGCCGUGUGUAGCGUUAUGUGCGGUGGUGGGCGGCGGCUGCAGCAGUGUCGGGGCGCGUGAGAGAAGAGGAGAGGUGCGAUGGGGGCGCGGCCGGGGUGAUGCCGCCGGCCGGCCGCGGGGCCAUGGCGGCCGAAGAAGAACGCCCGCCGCUCGACCUCUUCACCGCCGAGUACGACUACGUCGCCCAAGGCGAGGACGAGCUCUCGCUGCGGCGUGGCGAGAUCGUCGAGGUGCUGUCUAAGGACGCGAACAUAUCCGGCGACGAAGGAUGGUGGACGGGCAAGAUCGGCGACCGCGUCGGGAUCUUCCCCGCCGUGUACGUGACGGAGGGAGACCCGCUGGCGGUGGAGCCGCCGCACGUGUCCUUCUCGGAGCUCAAGCUGGAGGAAGUGAUCGGCGUGGGCGGCUUCGGGAAGGUGUACCGCGGCUACUGGAACGACGAAGUUGUCGCGGUGAAGGCGGCGCGCCAGGACGCCAACGAGGACAUCGACGUCAUCAAAGAAAGUGUGCUUCAGGAGGCGAGGCUCUUCUGGGUGUUGCAACACGAGAAUAUAGUGUCGUUGAAAGGUGUUUGUCUCGAGGAGCCCAAUUUGUGUUUGGUGAUGGAGUAUGCGCGCGGUGGGCCGCUCAACCGAGUGCUCAGCGGCAGGAAGAUCCGGCCCGACAUCCUGGUGGACUGGGCCAUCCAGGUGGCGCAGGGAAUGGCGUACCUGCACAUAGGUGCGCCCAUGUCGCUCAUACACAGGGACCUCAAGAGCUCUAAUGUGCUACUGAGCGAGGCGAUUCUACCCGAUGACACUUUGGAGAACAAGACUUUGAAGAUCACGGACUUCGGGCUGGCGAGAGAGGUGUACAAGACCACACGGAUGUCUGCCGCGGGGACUUACGCCUGGAUGCCUCCGGAGGUGAUAAAACAUUCUACAUUCUCGCACGCGUCGGACGUGUGGUCGUACGGCGUGCUCCUAUGGGAGCUGCUCACGGGAGAGACGCCGUACAAGGGCAUCGACGCGCUCGCGGUCGCGUACGGCGUGGCGGUCAACAAGCUCACGCUGCCGAUACCCAGCACCUGCCCGGAGCCCUGGAGGAAGCUGAUGGAAGCGUGCUGGCACUCGAAUCCGCGCGAGCGACCCCUCUUCCCGGUGAUCCUGGAGCAGCUUGAGCUGAUCAGGCAGUCUGAGUUCACGCGGGCGCCGCACGAGUCGUUCCACACCAUGCAGGACGGCUGGCGGCUGGAGAUAGAGGAGGUCCUGCGGGAUCUCAGAAGGAAGGAGAAGGAGCUGCGAUGUCGCGAGGAGGAACUGACUCGAGCCCAGCUCCAGCAGCGGUUGUUGGAACAGAACCUGGCGCAGAAGGAGCGCGAGCUGGAGAUGCGCGAGAUCGACCUGGCCGCGCGGGAACUGCACAUACUGAUCUUCGCGAGCAACAUGUCGCACAACCAGCCGCCGCAGCCUAAUAAACGGAAAGGCAAAUUCAGUAAGAUAAAGCUCCUGAAGAAGGACACGAUCUCGUCGCCGUUGGACUUCCGGCACACGUUGACGGUGCGGCCCACCGAGGACGAGUCCAGCGUGAAGCAGCUCGUCGCAGUCGCCAAGGACACGCCGCCCGGUUCGCCCGCCAUUAUGAGGGCUAUUGCCCUGCCCGCGGACGGAGUGAAGGGCAAGACGUGGGGCCCGUCGACGGUGCACCAGCGGUCGCGCACGCAGCUGCCGCUGGCGGCCGCCGCGCCGCCGCGCCCCCGGCCGCGCAUCAGCUGCUCGGCGCCCGACCUGCCGCCCGUGACGCGCCCAGGUUGUUUUCUUCCUUAUACAGACUUCAGUCCAGACGAAUGGGGUCCAGAGUUCCCUCUCAGCUCGUCGUCUCGAUAUACCGUGCCUAUGCCAACUUUAUAUAGUACUGAAGGUUACAAAUACAAAAAGCCGAGUAUAAUAGAGUUGGUGUUGUACAACAUGGCAGCGUUGUUAGGCGGGGUCGCGGCCGGUUAUGACGUCAGAGUGUCCAACGUGAGCCCGCUGCAUCCCACCCUACAGCCGCACAGACAAGAGCUUGAGCCGGAGCCGCUGAGCUCGUCCAUGUACGAGGGGUUCGGGUACGCGCACAACACCUACCACGGACCCACGCGACACCUGCGGGCGCCGCUCAACGCCAUCACCGGCUCGCCUAUAUCAAGUCUGCAAACGGAGGAGCAAAAACCGAUCCGAUUCACGGACUCUCCAACACAUUACGCGCAUCCCUCGUCCUCUUCGGGGUACGGGCACUCCGCGCAGCCGCUGUCCGGCACAUCCGGCCUCGGCACCAACUACACCUCAACCCAACCCACACCCUCGCCACGACGGACCUCUUCAACCACCUCAGACCACCUGGCGGACCUCUACCACAACUACCGGGAGAACUUCCAACCGUCACCAUCACAAGACAACUACUACUACAGGAAUGAUCCGUAUACAUACGACAGGACAGCGGACUACGUGGUCAAACAUCCCUAUUAUGGCUACGAUGAAUGCUCGUUCGAGUUUCGAGAACCCACCCCAGAUUACAGACCUUCGCCACAGUACCUGACGCACAGAAGAACGCCGUCGAAUUCUUCCACAACUAACUCUCAUCCUGAAGAGUUUUCACCCUCGAGACAGUACAGAACAGAAAAGUACACUAAAGACAAGGAGUACCGGUCGAAAACUGAGUACCCUCGGAAGUCGAAUGAUUACUCUCUACCUCGAGAUUACUACAGACAAGAAUCCCAAGAGAAGGAGGUGGAAAGACCGGCGAACCUCGGUCUAGAACUUGCGCCGACGAAACUCAGGUCGAGUUUGAAAAAGUACAAGAAAUCGUCAGCAUCGGGAGGUAGUUCAGGAGGAGGCACCCCCACCAACCCGACACCUCCAGACAGCUUGACAAGCGAGACUGACAGUUCGUAUGUAUCCGCGCGUGACGCGUCCAGUGGGUCGGCUAGGGUCCGCUUUAGCCCGGAGAGUUUGGAUGAGCGAAGAACGAGGCAUACGUAGCGACGGCUCAAGAAGUUCGACGACUACCUCGUCUGAUGGCCCACUGUACAUAGUGAGGUACCUCAGCAAAAGCCCUGUUGUAUAUAAUGAGGUGCCACAUCAAAUGUCCUACUGUAUAUAAUGGGGUACCUCUUCAGAUGUCUGAUACAUCGGCGUUACUUAUUAUAAACAGCGGAUUUGACGUCUCACGGUACACAAUGGGUACCCUGUCCCACUGAGGUACCUCGUGUGUCGGCCAGCGGUACACUGUACAUACGCUUGCAGGUAGUGCGUGGAACGAGUGGAACGCUUGUGCUUUUAGCAAGAUUAUUUAUUGACUCUAGCGUGGCGUAUUCAUGAUAUUGUAGCGCCGUGUUGUUGUCGACAGUGAGACAACGAGAAUUAUCAAGAUAUUAGUACUGUGUGGUGUCUCAUGUCUAUAUUGUUUGUGUUGUAUUGUUGUUAUGUUGUUUCAUUGUUCACAACACGUACGGUGAAACCAAGACAGGUCUUACACCAAUUACGAUUCCAUUAUAGUCUUUCGCUACUAAGUUGGCGUGCCGGCCAUUUUUGUGUUUCUGUAAUAUCAAAAACUACCAAUAACUGUCACUUUGGUAUAUCUUACUAUCUUCUAUAUUUACUUACUGCUCAAUAUUGAUCUGAAAUUAGGUAUGAAUGAAAAAUCGCCGAGCCGUUAAGUUAGUUGCGAGAGAUUGUGCAAUGGUAUAUAAUUUUCACUGUAUACUUUAGUUUACACAUAAGUGAUACGUUAGAACAAAUUCCUCUGUACACGUUUUAGUCACUAGGGCCGUCUUGGUGUAUUGUAUAGCAACGUUUAUGAAUGAAGUCGUUUGCGCAGUAUUCAUUCAACCAAUGAAUUACAAGCAAUAUUACAAAAAUUGCAAAAAAAAAACAUGAAAUCAGUCAAAAACAAAAUACACAAGAAAUUUGUAAAAAUCAACAAUACAUGCGCAAACGACUGUAUUCAUUAAUUUACUUAUAAUCGCAAUAAGCUAUAUGUAUAAACGCGAAUUGUGUUCAUUAUUUAAAGUACGUAGAUGAUUGUACAUUUUGUAUGAUAAGCGAUAAAGCGUGUGAUGUUAACGCAUCAGUGUAUUUUAAAAGCGAAUGUAACUCAUUUAUAAUGAAUUAAAACUUGUGCCUAUUACGUCGAAACUGGAUGAGGUGAUUCGGGAAUGGUUUGACGGGUGUUUAUUGCACGAAGCGGUGGAACAACUUUAACCUUCAGGGAAUCUAAUUACAUUAAUUAAAAAGAAUACGCUUUUAUUAGGAGUACAAUUGAAUUAAUAAUUGGAAAUUAAUAUUUUUAUUGGCAGCUGUAUAUUAAUUAAUAGACUUAUUUGUAUUCAUGUUCAUAAAGCAGCUGGUUCGUUUUUUGUAUAUAAUUUAUUUGCUAACACAUAUUAUUUUUUACACAUUUUAACACAUUCAUAUUCAUUAUUGAAAUAAAAUCACAGUACGAAAACACUACAACGACAAUAAUAAUUAGUAUAGGAUAGUAAAAAAAUAGUCUGACUUUGUUACAUCGUAUUCAUAAAACAUUCAUUGUUCUAAACCUAUUUUGUAGCUUAAAUUAAAGCAGCUAAUACAAUUUUAUGAUCGUAGUCUGAAACAGACUAGUUUUGUAAGAAUGACUACGUAACUGCGUCGUGUAAUAAAUACUCAAAAAGGCACACAUCAAGAAAAAUAUUGUGUACAAAUUGUAAAUAACACUGACUACACACAUACAGGCAUUUUACGUUUAUUUAUGUUGACGCGCGAAAUUUAUUUUAUUUCGUUACAUUAUACAUAGUACAAAUGUAUUUUUAAGAUAUUUCUUUUGCACGACAUUUAAUGUGUUGUGAAAAGAUAUAUAUUUUAACUUGUCGACUUAUUUUGUACAUUUUGAAUUAACAUUUAAUAUAUUGUGUACUUAUACGGAGUUUUAUAUCUGUUGUGUUGGGUUGUGUGAGGGAAAUUCAUCAAAAAUUGUAAUUGUAUUUAUUAUGAAAUUAAGUUCUAGUGAUAAAAGUCGUACUUGAAAACAAACCUUAUUCAGCAUUGAUUUCUGUUCUAAUUACGUUGUCUAUAUUAUGAUAUUUUAACGAAAUACUUAUAUUUAUAUUAACUCUUUAUGUAGCCCUUUACACUCUCAUUUUUAUUACAUUUUCUAUUCUCUCCUUUACUUAGUCGCAUGUUUCUCACAUUUUCGGGCUAGUCACAAAUAUCUUACUAAGCUAGUCGGGUGAAAUAUAUUCGUAACUGAUGUAGAAUGUAUAAUCUAGUUAUAAAUAGUGACUGAAAAAGAGUGAUUAGACCCGAAUAUGACAAAUCUAAACUAUAAAGUUGUCCUUUGCACUUGAAUCGCAGCUAAAUAGUAAUAAGAUGUAAUCGCUAAAGUUACAGAAAAAAGUACAUCAAAAUUCUCAUUAACACAUCUCCAACACAAUGAUAUAAUUUGUAUGAAUUUUGUACAAAGAGAAAGAUUAAACUUUAGAUAUUUUUUACUAAAAAAAAUAUCAUUAUAGUUAAUAAUAGAAUGAACAGCUUUUAUAUCCCACAAGUAUGUAAUUAGGAAUAAACUAGUCGGAAUUUUUGCAAAAAAAUCUUAAAAUAUUGCAUAUCCAGCUAAAACAUUGAUAUUGUAUUCGAUAUUACGCUUUGUUACCCAAAACACUGGAUUACUUUGUAUGUGUAAAGUUAGACAGACGUUUCUGUUGACGUGCUGGCCUAUGACAUUUGGGAAAUGCUUGACAUUACGAUAAAAAUUAGCGUACGUGACGUCACCGACUUGGCUGCAUCUAUACUACUGAAUUAUGGACUAAAUGUAGAAGUAAAUUUAUAGGCAACUUUUUACAUAAUAUCUAGUUAUUCCCUUCUGAAAUAUCUGGUUUGUCAAAAACUCAAAAGAAACCGAAAAAAUGGCGAAUCGAAUUUCAUAAAAUUUUUCCAUUUAGAAUAUCGCCUUAUCGUGUUACAUGAUGUCACAUCUAAAAAUUUAUAAAAGGUCGAAGGCAAUUUUUAAGACAUACGUUUUAUAAGAUGUUGCUAAUCUUAAAAUUAAUGUUGCAACCAUCGGAAAAGAAUAUAAACAAUGUAGAGCAGACAAGUAGGUGGCGUUUAAAAAUUAAGUCUUAAGGUGUAUAUCAAAAAUUUAAAUAUAAAACAUUAGCUUUGAAUAAUUGUUAGCUCGAACCAGUGCCUAUUGAUUGCGGAAGCGGAAGCGGGUUAAUGCCAUGGAAGUGAAGCCAUAAGGCCAGUAAACGCGCGCGACUUUCAACAUGUAUACGUUAUUUUUUUAUUAUUUUUAAUCUGUGUGCAAUAUGUGAAAUUAUUUUGCGUCCAUUUUUUGUUUAUUUUUUCUAUUUAAUUUUUUUUUGUAUAUUUUUUUAUUUAUGAAUCGUGAAUAUAAACAGUAUUUUAUACAGUAUUCGAUAUGUAUAUUUGAUAAAAAAAUUAUAUUGUAUGUAUGAAAGUUUAGCUUUGUAUAUUUAACCCGUUCGAGGCGAAAUCUCCCAAAAAAGGUAAAAAAAUGAUAUUAUUUUGAUGUAAAUAAAAUUUCGUAUAUCUAAAGUGUGAAUUAGUUAGUAAAUGGAGAUUUAUUUCGCGGUCAAUUAUGCGACGAUGUGUUUGCUGUUUCUGAUCUCGGACGGGUUGAGUCAGCUUCGUACAGUGCCAAUGUCGUCCAGUGUUUUUCUUUCUCCUUUUUGUUUUAGUACAAACCAAAAGCUAACCAAAUUAUUGUAAGAAUCUCUUUAAAAACGAUGAUGUUAAGUUUUUCAACGAACGUAUGUCACAAAUUUUUGAUUUAACGACCAUUGUAUAUAUUGUCAGAGAUUCGCGGCGCAAUUGUUUAAAAGAUGUAGAUUAAACUCUAGUCCUGAUUUUUUUUAUUUAUUGUAAACGGGCUGGUGUGGAUGUGUCGCGUUGUACUAAUAUUUCCUAGAUCUUAGUCGCCCUACUUACUUUUAUUUUUAUGUAUUUUUUUUUCCAAUUUUACAAUUUCUACGAAUGGAUAUGUUGUGCAAUUCCUUUGCUUUAUUUACACUUUAUGAAAAGCCCGUUGUCUCAACAGGCCGGCUACUGAAAUAGACUAGUCCAUUCUAAACUAUAUCUUUAGAUCUGUUAAUUUCUCUGAUCUGUUGACAUCUGAACGACUUUAUUUAUUUAUAUUUACUCUCAACAAUUUAUAGCAUCCUUAAUCAAUAAUAACUGUUUUCUGUCUAUGGGCAUGCUAGUGCAACGUCCACCAGCCCGACAGGCGAGUACCCGAAGGUGAACGAACGACUGGCGAACCUACCAACGAAUGAAACAAAUUCCACACGUUUUUGGGCAUUCCAUUAUGUUUACGUACAUUCCAUUACGUUCUAAAGUGAUAUUACGUUGUAGUCUGAGUGUUGAGCGAGACGUGAAGGUUCUGUGUGCCAAUAUUGAGGUGGGAGAAUGCCUUACGUAUGUACGUUACAAUCGACAAAUAAAUACUAGAUUAAGCUUUUUA